CUAACGCUGAGAAGGGUACCUGUCCGUACAGGAAUAUGGGGCUUUUGUUUCAACCUACAGCACGUACUGUGCUAUAAUACUAGUGCGACCCCCUAGCUACUUAAGUACCUAUACAUGGAUAAGCUGGCAACACAAGCUUGGCCAAGGACAGGGUCUCAAGCCAAAGUAAAGGCGAACUGAGAGGUGAUGUUGGUGAUAUGCUCAGCAGUCUUGAGCCCCUUCAUUAACUUCCCAAUCUCACCCCAAACCGAUUGAUAUUGUUCAAUAUCAUCCAGAUAACCUAUGAGGACCGCCAUAUAACCAGACUACCACGCCUACCUCUAUCCGCUUGAUCAGGGUGGCCUUCACGCGUAUAUGCAAUGUCUUCUUCGCUCCUCCACCCUCCUAGCCAUCUUCCGCCAGCUACAGCCUUGCGUCUAUCACAGCAAGCUCCAAGCAUCCUUGAGAAGUCUCCAGGUGCCAUAUCGACCUCUGUCCUCCAGUCUAUGCUCUCAACUUCCGAGACACAAGAACUAUGGAUUGUUUACGAGAACCUCUUGCUCUCAUGUCUUCGGACCGGUGACGAUGAGUCCGCACAUCAGUGUUUGGGCAGGCUCGUGAACAGAUUUGGCAAUGAUAACGAACGGAUCAUGGCGUUAAAGGGCCUGCUCAAGGAGGCCACCGCUACGGAUAAUGCUACCCUCGAACUAGUCCUGCAAGAGUAUGAACAGAUUCUACAGGAAAAUCCUUCAAAUAUACCUAUAGCAAAAAGGCGUGCUGCGCUGUUGCGAUCUAUGGGUCGAGCAUCGUCCGCCGUGAAUGCUCUAAACUCACUGCUUGAUAUGUCUCCUACUGAUGCGGAAGCGUGGGCCGAACUAGCCGACCUGUAUCUAAAUCAAGGAUUAUAUUCACAAGCCAUUUUCGCCCAAGAAGAAGUCCUCGUCCUACAGCCGAACGCCUGGAAUGUACAUGCCCGCUUGGGUGAAAUGCUCCUUAUGGCAGCCAAGAUAUCCGACACAUCCAAACGACUUACGGAGGCCAUGAAGCGAUUUUGUCGAAGUAUUGAGCUGUGUGAUAACCAUUUGAGAGGCUAUUAUGGCCUUAAACUGACUGUUCAGCAGCUGCUAAAUGAGCCAUCUUUGAAAUCUUCAAAACAGACGGAAUCGGAGGAUUGGCCAGUUCCAACGCCUGGCACAUUGCAAAAGCUCGAUGAGGUGGCUACCGAGAAACUCGCAGAGAUUGUUCGCCGUAAUACAACUGGUGAGAAGGAUUGGCAAGGUUAUACUGAAGCGGAGAUAACAGCAGCACGAGAGUUGCUUGAGUCGCGUUCCACCGGUACCAUUAGGUGACGCUAUAGUCGGCUUGAUGCUGGCUGCUAACUGGACAAAUCGUGUUUGCUAAGAGGACUCUCACCCUAUGUCGCUGUACCCAGAACUGACUCAUAUCUGGGUUUGCCGUCUGGUUGGUCUACAAAUAAGGCUUAAAUUAUGAAUGCACAACAGCACCGGCAUGCGCAGUGGCGUGCGUAUUCACUUGUUGGAGCCCUAUUCACGAAUCCGAGCAAGCCAGUGGGACAUUGGGCAGAAAACUGUUCUAGGGUAGAAGCUGCCUAGAAGCA